UUUUUAGUAACGUCGAGAUGUCUCUAACUCGCGUACGUGUUUUAAUCCUUUUGAUUUUUGCAUUGUACGAAAUUCAAUUAAGUGGUGCACAGUUUUUUAAUCAAAUACCUUAUCCAUCGAAUGCAGCACCAGCGCCUUUGCCAUUCCCGACAUGUGUCGCGGUUGACAUACCAUGUCUUCGACGGGGGCUGCGAACUUUCUUCUUUUUAAUGGAGUCCGGUCACAUGGGUAUGCUGCCAGUCGACCCCGCAUUAGUCAACAGCGUGGUAGUGGCAAUGCCCGAACAGGGGGUGUCGAUCUUACUCAGAAAUAUCAACAUCACCGGUGCAAAAUGGACCAAGUUAGCUGAUAGAAUAUUAAGGCCGUUCGGCAGCAAGAGCAGUGUCAAAUUCCUCAGCGAUCUGCACGUUACUGGAGAACUGACAAUGAGCAUGGCACAACUUGCGACUCCCUUCAUUGCCUCCAUGACUAUGGAUAUGCAAGACGUUGAGAGCAACAUAACGUACACACUGUCUGGACAACGAAGCUUUAACAAUGACGAUUACUUCAUAAUCGGACCGGAGAGGAUAGCCGUGCGGAACUCUCGCAUACCAACCUUCUUUUUACAACCUGAUACUGAAGAUACGAGAAUCAUUGAGCUAGUAUUACAAACGAAUCAAUCUUUACUGGACCACCUGGCUAACGAAAUUGUUGUUGCAUUAAUGCGCACUGUAGUUGACAAUUUUAGAUUAUUCGCUAGUCGAGUACCAAUAAAACAUUACUAUCAAUAUGUCCAAACUAACCUGUAAAGUACAAAAUGUAUUUUAAACACUGCCAUAAUAUUUUCUGUUUUG